CGCCGGAAGAGAAGCGGGCUCUCCUCGCGGCCGGCCAUCUUGUGCGGCAGCCAGCAGGGCGCGGGGGGCCCCGGCAGCAUCGGAGCAGGAUCCCGCCGACGGGGGCCCAUCAUGCCCGGACACCUGCAGGAGGGCUUCGGCUGCGUCGUCACCAACCGCUUCGACCAGCUCUUUGAUGACGAGUCCGACCCCUUCGAGGUGCUGCGGGCGGCCGAGACCCGGAGGAAAGAGAGCGGCGGGGGCCAGGGGGGCGGCGGGGCCCGCGGCGGCCCGGCGGGCGCCCAGAACAGCUCCUCGGGCGGGGCGGGCGGCGGCGGCCCGGGCCAGGCGGGCGCGGGCGGCGGCCCCGGCAGCGCGGCCAAGCAGCUACGCAGGGAGUCCCAGAAGGAGCGCAAGAACCCGCUGCCGCCCUUCGCCGCCUCCGCCGGGAGCGACCGCCGGGAGGAGGGCAGCGGGCAGCCCGGCGUGCCGCUGCGGAAGGAGGGGAUAAGACGUAUUGGCAGGAGGCCUGAUCAGCAGCAGCAGCAGCAACAGCAGGGUGAAGGCAAGCCUAUUGACAGGAGACCAGAGAGACGACCUCCUCGUGAGCGCCGCUUUGAUAAACCUGCUGAUGAGAAGGGUGAAGGAGGAGAGUUUUCUGUUGACAAACCCAUUAUUGACCGACCUAUGCGUGGACGUGGUGGACUUGGAAGAGGACGUGGGCGUGGACGUGGAAUGGGCAGAGGAGAUGGGUUUGACUCCCGUGGCAAACGUGAAUUUGACAGGCAUAGUGGCAGCGAUAGAUCUUCUGUUUCACAUUCACAUUUCAGCGGCCUGAAGCAUGAGGACAAGCGUGGUGGCAGUGGAUCACACAACUGGGGAACCGUCAAAGACGAGCUAACUGAAUUGGAUCAGUCAGCUGUAACUGAGGAAACGCCGGAGGGAGAGGAACAUCCGCCUGCUGAUUCUGAAAAUAAGGAGAAUGAGGUUGAAGAAGUUAAGGAGGAAGGUCCUAAGGAAAUGACCCUGGAUGAGUGGAAAGCUAUUCAAAGUAAGGAUCGUGCAAAAGUUGAGUUCAACAUCCGUAAACCAAAUGAGGGUGCUGACGGGCAAUGGAAAAAAGGAUUCGUUCUUCACAAGUCAAAGAGUGAGGAGACAAAGGCGAUGACAGAAAUGCAGGGGAGUCUGCUGGAGUCAAAUGAGGCUCAUGCUGAGGACUCUGUAAUGGAUCAUCACUUCCGCAAGCCAGCAAAUGAUAUUACGUCCCAGCUGGAGAUCAACUUUGGAGACCUUGGCCGCCCCGGACGUGGUGGCAGAGGGGGACGAGGAGGACGAGGGCGUGGUGGCAGGGCCAGCCGUGGAGGCAGAACUGACAAGUUGGUUAAGGAGUUUGAUGUGAUCCACACGCCUAACCAGUCAAGUGCUUCUGCUCCUGAUGUAGAUGACCCAGAGGCUUUCCCAGCUCUGUCCUAAACUGGAUGUCAUAAGCCAACCCUGCCCUCGUCGGGCCUUCCUCUCCGAGGCUUGCAUGCUUAAGGAUCCUAAACAACUAAGAAAUAUAAAAAAAAAAAGAGACUGUCAUUCAUACCAUUCACACCUAAAGACUGAAUUUUAUCUGUUUUGAAAAUGAACUUCUCUCGCUACACAGAAGCAACAAUAUGGUAGUCAGUUUUGUAUUUAGAAAUGUAAUGGUAGCAGGGAUGUUUUCAUAAUUUUUUCAGAGAUUAUGCAUUCUUCAUGGAUACUUUUUUGUAUUGCUGCUUGAAAAUAUGCGUUUCCAAACUUGAAAUAUAGGUGUGAACAGUGUGUACCAGUUAAAAGCUUUCACUUCAUUUGUGUUUUUUUUAAAUUCAGAAUUCUAGACGUUUUUCCCAAACUACAAACUGGGUUUUAAUUAUUGCACACUAUUUCUGUUUUCUUAAUUCCUGUUUAGCAGAUUUUUAUCAGCCCACAGUCUUUGGGAAUAUGUGAAGUUUUAAUUUGGCAGACUGUUAGUGCUGUGUGGGAUACCAGCUCCGGGAGGACUUUAGUAUUAAUUCUUAAUUUCAGACUUGGAAAAAGUGUCAUUUUUCAUCUGUGUUUGGUAGUUUGUUUACACAACUUGUUAUACAAAAUUGAUACCAGAUACUUGAAAAAGAUUCAAAGCACAUUGGUUUAUGGUUAAAUACCUGUGUAUCGAUCCAGCAAUGAUGUGUGGAUAAUUGGUCUAAGCAGUUUUUUUAAAUUAAUGUAUUACGCUUUUCAGUCCUCCCUUUUUACCCUUCAUUCCCUCCUCCUCCCUUCAAUGGAACAAGAUGCUUUGUUGGCAAAAAAAGAGUUUUUAAAUUACUUAGGGUUUUUUAUGAGGGUACUCUGCAGCUGGGAGUAGCCUUUCCUGUUGUUGGAGCUGUGAGGUGGGGAAGGCAGUAGCUGUUGCUCUGCACAGUCUGCCUGGGAUGUGGCUGGGAGGUGGAAUUGAGCUGCAGUCUGACAUGAAAACAUCAGCGCCUGAUGUACUCACAGCAAUGCUCUGACAGCAGCAGGUCUUCUGCAGGGGAACGAGGUCUUGGCUGGGUCCAGCAGGAGGGAGUUGUGGCUUAGGGGAUGUCACAGUGUCUGUGCGAUACAACCAAACCCCAGUGCUGAACCUCUCCAUCACAGUUUUAUUUUGGGUUUGUGCAGUGUUUGAGAUCUGAUUGCUAGCUGACAAAUGAAUGUUUUUCAGAGUGCGAUUGUAAGAAACCCUUUCUACCCCCACAGAAAUUUGCCGUGGGUUUAAUUUGAUCCCUUUGAACAGGAACAUUACCACUUCAGUACACAAAAGGAGAUGAGAGGAUGACUAAUAAAGAGGGUUUCUUAGGGUUUUUAUCUGCAGCAUUUGUUAGAAGACUAGAAACAGGAUUCUCGUUUUAUUUAAUGUUUUACACUUUGGACAGCUUAGAACAUAUUUGUAGUUUCUUAACUAGGUAGAUAGAAAACAAAAGGUAACGCCCUAUUUUUUUAAAAGCUGUACAGGACAGUCAAAAAGUAUUGGAGACCUUUGAAUAUGAAAUCAAAUUCCUUAACUGUGGUGUUGAGUUGGCUUGCUUUAUCUUAAAUAUUUUCUACAAAAGUUUUGUUUGUAAACCACUGUUAAUAUCAUUGGAUUAGACUUUUUAGUGCACUUGCCUGUGGUUUGAAGUACCAGGCUGUGAGAAGGAGGCAAGUUUUCAAACAGUGGAUGGUGAAAUCUCUUGGUUCCUUUCUCCUGAUGCUGAGCAAAUCCUACAGAGGUGCUCAGUGUGGCAGCUGUUGGAGGUCUGGCAUGGAGUUGUUCUUCUUCCCUCUCUCUUUGUGGUUUGGUAGAAUGUGUUGCAGUUCCAGUGUUAGGGACGCUUCAGAUAAUACAAUUAAGUGAAUACCUUGAUAUGCAGAAAUACACUUGCAGAAAAGCUUUCUCUGUAAUGUAAACCUGCUCCUCUUGCCCAAAUGUUGUGUUUGCUCUUCCAGUUGCCGCUCACUUUUUUUCCCAGAUGUCUUCUGGGUCAGCCUGUCAGUCGUUUGAGGCCCUGCUAGCUAGACUUUGCCAGAAGCUUUCCCUUCUCCUGCUUUAGAGUAUAGAGCAGUGUCCCAAACGACAUGUCACAUACAAUUUUCAAGACAGCUUGUACUUAAAAUUGAUCCAUCUGCUGUUCUGAUAGAUGUAAAUUUGCCUCUUUCAGUCCAUUUGUGUCAAGAACUAAAACUGUGAACAUUUAUCUUUAAUAUUGGUGGGUGUUAACUGAAAUAAAGGUUUAUUUUCAUGCUCUUUUAAAAAUGUCAUGAAAACAGAUGGAGGUAAAACCACUUAGAUAGUGUCUUGUCUAGGCUCAGCCCCAAGAGGUCCAGUUUGGCAAUGGUGCCCAGGCGUUUCCAUUGCCAGCAGUGGACUUUGCCUUGGGAAAACAUCUCCCUCCAAGUAGCUUAUUUACAAUUAAUGAGCUUGCUUUUUAGUAACAUUUUUCUGUCCUCUUGCUUGCUACUUUUGCUGUCACGCCAAAUCCAGAGGACUAGACCUUUUAAAGUCUGAACAAUUUGAAAAAGUUAGAAACAGAGAGAAGCAUGUGGUGCAAAUUGGCUUUUGAAUGUCGUGAUGGCAAGGUUUGAGCAUGAAAGUUCAUCUUACAGACUGAAUGCCACUGAUACUGAGAGGAAACAAGACUGUUUAAUAAAUGCGAGUGUUAGCCAACAUAAAUUAUUCUGGAACAUCAAAAGUCAGCGUGAAUACAUGGUAUUUGCAGUUGAAGGAGUUGAGACCACUCUGACCUGUAAUGGCUCUGUGCCCAUGGAGAUUGGUUUGCAUAGCCACGCCUCUUGUUUUAAUAAAUGCAGGACAUAUGCCUAAAGCUGAUGCUUGCAGCAUUUGCUAACCUGCUUCUUUCCUAA